GAAAAACAUGUAAAAUAGGAAAUUAGAAGGUUACUGAAUUCAAUAUAUUACAAUUACACAAAUAUUAAACUGACUGAAAUCAAAUUUUAAGAAACUUUUUACCAUACAAUCUGUAACUCUUACUGAAUUCAGUGCUAAUUUUCAAAAUCGAAUUUUACUCCUAAUUGUGUUUAUAUCUGACAUACAUAUCGCAAUAAUACCAAGGGAUGUGUGGAUUCAGGUGUUCUGAAAGAGUGGAAGUCCUUACAUUUCCCAUGACACCACUCAAGAUACCAUUUUUGUGAUUUUGACUGGCUCAAUGUCACAAUGUGGUAUAUUGUCACAAUGUGGUAUAUUGUCACAAUGUGUUAUUUUGUCACAAUGUGGUAUAUUGUCACAAUGUGGUAUAUUGUCACAAUGUGGUAUAUUGUCACAAUGUGGUAUAUUGUCACAAUGUGUUAUUUUGUCACAAUGUGGUAUAUUGUCACAAUGUGGUAUAUUGUCACAAUGUGGUAUAUUGUCACAAUAUGUGGUAUAUUGUCACAAUGUGGUAUAUUGAAUGUCCUACAUCCUAAAAAUAUGUAAGUGAUACCAAUCCCAGUGUUUUAACAAUUCAUCUGGAGGGUUUUCACCCUUUGUCUGUUCAUUACCUCUUUCAGGACCCUUCACCGACUGUAUUGUAUUUAUUAAUAAAUAAAUAAAUAAAUAUUAAUUCACAACCGUUUAAUUUAAGAUGCAUUGCAUUGUCAUAUGUUUUUUUUACUGUUUGUCAGGAAAAGUAAAUAAACAAUAAGUUUGUACAUUGAAUUUAUUGACAAAAAGCAUCCACACUUCUGCAUCAAAGCAUCAACAUCGAGCUUAACCCUUCAAUUAAACAGUAAUUACAGCCAAUGUUUUGAAAUAAGAUGACCUGCCUCACCAGCAUGGUUUUAUUUAGCAGUUUAUCUCUGCGGUUAAAACCUCAGUCUCAUAUAUCUUUUUCAAAAAUUUACCAAGACGACUGGUAACUUCUGGAGACACUACAUAUCUUUACAGAUUUGAACCCUAGGUUAAAGAGCUGGUUGUAUCCGACGGUUCCAUGUGAGUCAUAAGUAAAGGCAACACUAACUAAGGCCUAUACUGUUGGUAGACCUACAUCCAAUCACACAAUUACAGCUUACAACUCUUACAGAUUUUCAUAUAAGUGUUUAAGAGACAAUUUCAGCUUCUGUUAAGCUUUAAAAUACUGAUUUCCCAUAACAGCAAUAUAAUCAAAGCCACCAAGUGUUCUUU